GAAAUUUCAAAACGAGGUCAUUUUGAAAAUAUGGCCGAUGUCUAAUUUUUUAUUGCAACCUUUUUUUUUAGAACAGAAAACAAAACACCAGCGCCCUUUAUGUUCAUGGAAUAAAUACUAAGUAGUUUUAGGACCAUGUUGCUCCAAGAACCCGUGCAGGCUGCAAUCUGGGAUGCAUUAAAUAAUUUUUGUUAUGCUGAUGCAAUUUUUUUAGCAGAAAGGCUGUAUGCGGAAAUCUCCAAUAAUGACUCCCUGUACUUACUGGCUAUCUGCUAUUAUCGCUCUGGUAAACCUUACCAAGCCUACAUGCUAUUAGAAAGAAAUCUUUGUCAGACAGCUCAGUGCAAAUAUCUCAUGGCUAAAUGCUGCAUGGAUAUGAACAAAUUAGCUGAGGCUGAGAGAAUAUUGGCUGGUACGAUAUUGACUAAAAUCAAAACUCAUGAGGAGAUUGAAACAGAAUUUGGUAGUCUUGCUUGUUAUGUGUUUUCAUUACUUGGUCUUCUUUAUAGUAAAACUGAGCGUGUAUUGAAAGCUACUCAGUGCUAUCGUAGAUCUCUGGCAUUAAACCCAUUGUUAUGGAAAUCAUAUGAAAAAUUGUGUGCAUUGGGAGAAUACAUUCGACCUGAAUCAGUAUUCCAGCCACCCCCACAGCCCCCAGCCAAUGUGGGCAUUAUCUCAUCUCCUGGUAUUGAAGAAAUAGCUGACUCUUUACCAACAACUAUUACUUCCACAGAAAAUCUAUUGGCCCCUCGAAACAUUUUCCCCAAUCAAACGCCAGAAAAUCUUCAAAACCAACCAAUCAUCGACAUUGGUAAAGCACCACGCGCCAACAAACUGCUUCCUAGAGGAAAAGUAACGCCGGAGCCUAUUCUAUUCCGCAAGAGAGCUGGUCCAACAAAGUUGUUUUCCGAUUCCAGUCAGAACUCACCGAGCUUUGGUCUUCUUCCUGUGGAGAACACAUUACCAGUUUCUUUUAGUGCCACACCUACCUUUAUAUCCCCACUACCCACAGACACACAAGGUCUUGAGGUUCAGGCUCCUAUUAAAAACAGACCAGCAACAAGAAGGACACAGAUCAAGACACAAGCCCCUACCCUGAACUGGUCCAACACUUUAAAGAAAAUGAAAGAACAAGAAUCUGGAAAUGCCCCUAUACGAAGAAGUUCUAGAUUAUUUACUAAUUCCAAUUCUAAUUCAAGUGCAGUGAAAGAGAACAAUAAAAGUCAAACAACAGGAACGUAUACAGGAACAAAGGGAAUCAACAGAAGGUCAAAGAGAACUACAAAAACUCCUCAAGAACUCAAUGAGAUUAAUAAAGGUGAUUGUGAAUCUGAUACAAAACCUUCUCCAGGCAACUGUGAUUCCUUAGAACAGAUAGUUCAGAUGCAGCAACAGUCUUUAGCUGGAAUCUUGCACUUGUUAAGAAAUAUAGGUAAGGCUUACCUUGCCUUGUCACAGUACAACUGUAAAGAUGCUGUGGAGUUGUUUUCUGACCUUCCUGAACACCAGUACAACACAGGCUGGGUGCUUUGCCAAGUUGGGAAAGCAUUUUAUGAGUUGACUGAAUAUCAGAAGUCUGCCAGAGUGUUUGAAGAGGUGCGGAAGAUUGAACCCUACCACCUGGAUGGCCUGGAGCUGUACAGCACAGUGUUGUGGCACCUGCACAAAGAGGUGGAACUGUCGCUGCUGGCCCAAGAGCUGCAAGCUAUGGACAAGAAGUCUGUACAGGCCUGGUUCGUAACUGGAAACUGUUUCAGCUCACAGAAGGAACAUGAUGUGGCCAUCAAGUUUUUCCAGAGAGCCAUUCAGGUUGACCCAACAUUUGUCUAUGCCUACAGUGUGUUAGCGUUAGAGUACAUGUACCUUGAAGAGUUUGAUAAAGCCCUUACCUGCUUCAGGAAUGCCAUCCGAUUAGACCCCAGACAUUAUCAAGCAUGGUAUGGAGUUGGUAUGAUUUAUUACAAACAAGAAAACUUCGGCUUGGCAGAAGUUCACUACCGUAAAGCAUUAUGUAUCAACCCACAGAGCUCAAUACUCAUGUGUCACGUGGGGGUGGCACAGCAUGCACAACAGAAAACAGAUUUAGCCUUAAGUACAUUGAACACUGCCAUCAAAAUAGAUCCAAAGAACUCUAUCUGUAUGUUUCAUAGGGCCUCCAUUCUAUUUGCCAGUGAUAGGCACAAGGAAGCAUUGGAGGAACUCGAAACCUUAAAGCAGAUCAUUCCCAGAGAAUCCUUAGUGUACUUUUUAAUGGGCAAGGUUCAUAAGAAACUUGGAGACACACACUUGGCCAUGAUGAACUUUUCAUGGGCUAUGGACUUGGAUCCUAAAGGGUUAAACAACCAGAUCAAAGAGGCUGUGGAUAAACGUUAUGUGUCGGAAGAUGAUGACCCUCAGGCCAGGUUGGACCAAGAAAUAGCCCUAGAAGGAGGUGGGGCCAGCGCUGAUGGUGGAGACUUAGACCCAGAGGAUACUAGUCAGGAUGAAGUCUCUCAAGGGGGCGGAGGCCGGGUUGACCUGAUUGACAUGCCAGAUCUACAAGCCAUUGAAAGUGAUGAGAGUUUAUGAUACAAUGUCAGCGUAGGACUUUGAAAGUGAAGCUUGUGGGAAAGACUACAUGGCUGCUCUUGUGUCUGUGAUUUCUUUUUGGACCCAAAAUGUCACAAUGAUUCAUUGAAUCGGACAAAGUGUUUUCAUUGGUUUUGUUUUAUUUAUUGAUAUGAACCAAAUAUGAUUCAGAAUGACUUACUAAGUUCUAUCUUGAUAAAACUCUUGGUGGCUGCAAACCAAAACUACAUUUGUGUCAAUUAUUUUAUCCCCUGGCAUUACUGGUGAAUCACCAUUUUUGAGGCUAUGACUUGGUGAGAAGCAUUUUAGUGAAGACCAUUUCUAUACUUUGGCUGUAUUUGAAUUUAGAAUGGCAAAGAAAUAAAUAUAAAGGUAGAAUACAUUAGAGUUACUAUUUUGUUUUAUAGUCUUUAUAAUUAUUAACUGACUAUAAUUUGUACUAAGUUCCUGAAGUCUAUAUGUGGUGUUUUUUUUACCUGAGUGACAGUUAAUAAGACAUAGUCUCUUCAUACAUGGGAUUGGUUCAGUUGUUUGUUUGAUUAUAUUCAUUCUGUGUGCCAUUCGGACUGUUUACUUCCUACUGAGUACAUGCCAUCUGCAGCAGUGCAAAUAGCUACAUUUCUGUUGUUGUUUUGCUUUUUUUUUUUUUUUUGGCAUUCUUUAGUAUAUGCAAAUAAUAAAUUACCAGAAAACAUCAGUUAUGUUUGAUUUUCUUUACAUUUAGUUUUUAUUUUACCACUAGUUCUUGAUCAUUCUCAGUAAUGAUAUUCAAGUGACAAACCACUUGCUACAGAAUCAAACCAUGGAUUUGUCUGAGGGUGUGCAGAGAACCACUGACCUAUGCAAUGCAUUUUAUUCUGUUCUCAUCAGACUCGCAUUAUGUUUCUCUUAAAUAAUGAGCAUAAAAGUUUUUUGUGUUUUUACAAGAAAUUCUGUACAGACAUUUUUUUUUAAACACUACAUAAAAAUUUAGGUUCUAAAUAGGAUUUAUUUUAAAACGGUUGAAGAAGAUGGCUUAAAUUUUUUUUUUUUUAAAUCUCAUUAACAAUGACUAAGACAAGUCAAAAGUACAUUUCUAAUUUGUGCAUGACAUUAUUCCUAGAACAUGUCCCAUGGUCCUAUAUUUGAAGAGAGUGUUUUUUUUUACAUAUGUUAAGUGGUAUUUGUGUCCAUUUGAAACUUAAAGUAAUUUAAAAUGCCAUGAGAUUGAAACACUAGGGGCCCUACUAAAUCCAAACAAAAUUCCUUUUCACUACCCAAAAAAGAAGUACAAUUUUUAACUUUUUUAUUUUAUUUGUUUUUGUUUACUGCAGAUUCACAAGCAGGGCUUACUUUAUUAGUCAGUUGACUGAUAGAGGGUACCAGUACUAAAACAGUGUGUUGGGCAAAAAUUCCAUUUAAAAUAAGUUACCUUUGUGUGUAUAUAUUUGAAUUGAAUAGGAUCAAUUGAAAAUAGUCAAUAACUUACUAGGAUAAUUAAAGAUUGAUAAUGACUAGCCUGUUGUUAACCUGCCUUCCUCUCCCAAGUCAAGCCAGUUACUUUGCUUACCUAUUUAGGGUUCUGUUUUGUUUUACUUUUAAUAGGGUGAAAUUAAAACUAAGGUGAAUAUAGCUUCUAGGCAUAUAACUUUAUAGAGGCUAGUGUUCAUUCUGCAAAGUUCUUUAUUUCCUGUUUACAGUUACAGUUGUUAAAGCACACCUUGCUUGUCAUGGUUGUUAAGUGAGUUGCAUUGUGAAAUAUUUGGGUAGGCUUACUGAUAGAUGUGGUGGCUUCAUUUUCAUUGAUUAGGAAAGACAGAGCAGACAAGAGAACAGAAUGAUUGUAUUUAGCUGGGUUAUUGUUCAGUAUUGUUUCAUAUUUCAGUCAUUUCUACUGCAAUUACUCUGGCAUUGUUGGCACUGGGAAGAUAUUCUUUUACUCAAAGAAGAAACUUGAAUCCAAAACAAAUUUGCUGGGAAAUCUUUCUGAGGUACAGCCAUGUGUUUUUGCAAAGAAAUAUAGUUGCCAAAUAAAUAUAAAACUCUUUUUUUUUUUUUUUUUUUGUAUGUUGAGGAAUAAUUUUUAACAUUAUAGUAGUAUGUUGAUGAUGCCUUGCCCUUUUAUGGAGAACUGGUCUAGAUAGGUGUUUUUAGUGUUAAAGACACAAGUUAUUUCAAUGCAAUUUUAUGAGGCUAAAUAUUGCUCUCAUUAUGAUUAAAAGGGCAACACUUCUGUUGUUUUUUUUUUAAAUCAGUGGUUUGGCUUGAAAUCAAUGUGUUAUGCUUAUAAAUAGUAGCCAGUGAAUGGCUGUGCAAAACCAUUUCUUUCUGUUUGUAGCCCAUUCUUUGUUGAAAUGAAUGCAUCUAAUUUAUUUGCUUUCUGUGUAAAUCUGAAGUUUAUUUUGCUACAGCCUAAGAAAAAAGGGUGAGUAAAUCUUGUACUGUAGUAUGGCUCAAUGUGAUGUUAACUGCUUUGUGUGUUUUUAUUCAGUCAGAAUGUUGUCUCUGAAUAUAUACAUUUAUAUAAUUACAAGGAAAAAGUGUGUGGUCUAGAAUAGGGGAUGAAAGGUGCAUAAAGUAUUACUAUUUUCUAAAUGUGUUUUUCAAUUGUAUUAUACAGUUUGUAUUUUCAAUGUAUGUAGAGUAUAUUGAUAGUAUAUUGAUCUUGACAUGACACAUUUCAAUUAAAACUUUUCAACUUUAAAA